GCAUUCUGGAGAGCUUCCUUCUGUGCUUCUACUAAGGUCUGGCUGGUGUGUUGAGAGAAAGGUGGCGGGAAGAACCGAUCUCGGGCCCUUUAGGUUUCCUUGCACCGCGUAGGUUGAGGAAGACAAGAGUUGCUUCUUGCCUGUCCGGUUAUCUUCAGCCUCCUGCAGAGAGAACAUGCCUAGACCCCGGAAGAGGCUGAUUGGGGCUACUGGCCCAGACAAGAAGGAGCUAUCAGAAAAACGUACUAAAACUGAAAACUCAGAAAAUACAUCAGCUAAGCUAGGGAGCUCCAGCCCUCAGAAGACUUCAACCUCUAAAAAUGGUGGCAAGAAUGUAAGCAGCUACUGGCUGAUGAAGUCAGAACCAGAAAGCCGGCUAGAAAAAGGUGUAGAUGUGAAGUUCAGCAUCGAGGAUCUCAAAGCACAGCCCAAGCAGAUAGCAUGCUGGGAUGGUGUUCGCAACUAUCAGGCUCGGAAUUUCCUCAGGGCCAUGAAGUUGGAGGAGGAAGCCUUCUUCUACCAUAGCAACUGCAAACAGCCAGGCAUCGUGGGACUUAUGAAGAUCGUAAAGGAGGCUUACCCAGACCACACACAGUUUGAGAAAAAUAAUCCCCAUUACGACCCAUCCAGCAAAGAGGACAACCCUAAAUGGUCAAUGGUGGAUGUACAGUUUGUCCGAAUGAUGAAGCGCUUCAUCUCCCUGGAUGAGCUUAAAGUCUAUCACCAAACCCACAAAGCUACCGGUGGCCCCUUAAAAAGCAUGACUCUCUUCACUCGACAAAGACUUUCAGUCCAGCCUUUGACUCAAGAAGAGUUUGAUUUUAUUUUGAGCCUGGAAGAAACAGAACCAAGUUAAUGAAGGCUCUACUGAUGGAGUGAACAAGACAUUGAUCCACAAAGUCAAGCUUUUAAAAAGACAAAAGGAGAAAGUUGCUGUGUCCACCCAUGGUCAGUCAUGUGCACAGGUGGCUUGUUCAGUUUUUUUUUUUUUUUUUUUUUU